GAGAGAGAUGGAGAGAGAGAGAGCACUGUUACCGUAGCCGUUACCCAGGCGUUUGGCGUGUGUCAUCCUCAUUUUCUGAUAAGCUCUAAGUGACUGGCUGUCUCAGCGCAGCGCAAGCACCUCGGAAUUUGAACAAAACACAACCAACUGGGGGACUCGCCCACACUCAUUACUGGCGCUCAGCAGUUUGGAAACAGAUACUGACCGGGACAACACAGGCAGGAUGUGUGGCGUGGAUGUGGACCUGGAGGACGAGGGCGCGGGCGAGGAGGAGAGGGAGGCGGAGGAGUUUGGGACGGGCGAGCGCGUGCGGAUGCUGCCCCCGCCGCCGGCGCACAGCGAGGCGGGCGCCUGGGGGGCGCGGAGGGGCCCGCUGGGGCGCCUGGCCUGGGGUGCGGGGCUGCUGCUGUGGAACGCCGGCGUGGCGGCGCUGUGCGCGCUCGUCCUGGCUGCCGUCUUCGCCCUGGUGCUGCUGCCCGCGGCCCUGCUGCUGUGCGCUGGCUUCCUCUGCCACUCGCGGGUGCUGAACUCCCCCUCCCCUCUCUGCCGCUACCUGGACGACAACAGCUGCUCCGCCCUCAUCAUCCUGGGCUUCGUUAUGAUGUCGCCGCUCGUGGUGGUGGCCGCGGCGACGUUCUGCGGGCUGGUGCGCAGGCUCCGCCUCCUGCUGCUGUUCCAGCCAAUGGCGCGCGCCUGCUAUCGCGGAGGGGGCUGGGGGUGGGGCGGUAACGUCCGGGCCUGGGUCUGACGGAGCGCCGCCGACGCCGUCGCUGUGUGGUUUUCACCCUAACUGUAAUUACUGUAGUCACUUAAUUAUUGGACUUGAUGAGUUCAGAUGACGAAGAGUUUCUGUGAUUUAUGAUUUUGGAGUUUCUCUCACUCUGGUCCCGGAGGGGCCAACGAGUCGUUACAGAUCACAGCUGAAUCGGUGGAUUCAAGCACAAGCCAUAGGCUUCCAGCAACUAAUUAGUGCUACCUUACGUUUCCAGUCCAACAGUAUUUCACAUUGCUCUCCAUUUGUUUCUGAAGUAAAAAAAGAAAAAAAAGUUCUUGGUGAAGGUAACUUUCUUAACUACCAACUUAAUAAUAUUAAGCUUUUUAAAUAUCAAAAUCCCAAAAGGGAAGGAAACCAGAAAAGUGACUGUGCCCUUCAGAACUCACAAGGUUCCUGAGCCACCAUCAGGCGACCGCUAACAGGCAUGCAAAUUCCCUGUAGAUCCAACUCCAAAGCGUUCCGAUUUGUUAAACCUAAAUCCUUUGCGAGUAAUUGGUUUGGAUUUGAUUUCCCUGUGAGGAAGUAGGAGGAAGGGACUGUUUUGACCUUCUCUGUGCGACUGCCAGCUGGUGACCCCAUGGCCCCCUAAAGACCCCCAAACAUCCCCUCAGCUUCAGACAGCUGUAUCAGCACCUUGGUUGUACCAUGGUCAUCGUUUCAAGUCGUACACUAGGUGUUCUCCAAGAUGGCGGUGUUCACAUUAUGGCUGGCCAGCGACGUAGUGCAUACUUGCCCAUUACACAGCCUGCAUCAUAAGACAAACAGACACGAUGGACGAGAGACUGAAACUUAAUUGGUCAUGUUUGGGUGCCCUAGCGGCAUAUGUUAUUCCCUCACAUUUUACUGAGCUGACACUUCACAAGUAAGCCGUUUACACGGCCAGAUACCUUUACCAAAACAAUUAAUUUAAGUUAAGUCCAAGGAUCGAAUGUAAAACAGCAGUUUGCUGUGUUAGGGCUUGACCAUGUAACCCUCUGGUCACAAGUCUGGCUUCGUUAAUUCCACUUCCACCCAUUCUAAAGUGUACACACACACACACACACACACACAUCAUACAGCAGAGUUUUUUUCAAGUGCUGGGAGUAAUUUGUUUAUGCAUGUUUGCCGCUCUUUGAGCUGGAAUAGCAUCUAAUUUGCCCAAUUUGUUAGCCAGACACCAACCUACAGAUUGCAUUUUGUACUAGAAGUAAAAUAAAAUUAAUUUAGAACAUAGUGCACCACUCAGAACGAAGUAAUGAAGGCAAGAGUAAUCAUUUAGGUGGUUUUUAUACAGUGACUCACACGUUCAAUCAACGCUAAAAAGUUAGCUAGCUAAACACAACUUCCUGGCAAAUAAAAAGUGUGAUUAGCCGGCAAGGUGCUGUAAUUAUGUUUACAUGCUUGUACGAUAUAAUGGAAAGUUGUUCAGGGGCUGCAGUCACACUGUAAGAUCGGUAUCCUGGGAACAGCAAAAUCCUCAUGGCUUGUGAGCCAUUAUUUGUACAAAAUAUAAUCAGAUAUAACCAAAUGGAAAACAGACACUUCAGCCAACAUCAGAUUUUACCACAGGCAGAAAGCUCUGUGGGGUAAUCAUGAAAGACUUGUAAAAUUGAUUUUUUCCUGCUGAGAACAGAAUGUCUACUGCUUAUUUAACUUUGUGUCCCGGGCCUCCCCCGUUCUCAUUACUUUUCCCAGCCUGCCUCAGUCCGGCUCGUUUUGGCCCUAUUCAACCCUCACUCGGAGAAAUGUGCUGAGGCCAGUGUGCGUUUGGCCUGUGUCAGGUAUGCCUCGGGGGGAUGGGAACACCUCUGCUGAAUGCAGGGUUACUGUGGUGCAGCUGAAACCAGGCUGGUGGAAACAGGCUGUUAUGGCUAGUGCUGCCAGGCCAAUAAAACCUGCAGGAUGGAUGCUGGCUGUGAAGAAUGCUGUACUCCUCUACAGCAGGAUACACACACACAUACAUACACACACACACACGCACG